AUGGCCGAAGCACCGCGCGAACGUCCGCUGGCCGUCGCCGUAAACUCCAACCCCAGCGUCAAUCCACAUCCCACACCUCCUACAAACAACGAAGGAGCAGGCACCAACAACGCGCCCAAAGAUCAGCUGCCGGGUCAUCCCAGUUUCCGCCGACAGCGAGCUUCACGAGCAUGUGAGACGUGUCACGCCCGGAAGGUCCGUUGCGAUGCCGCUAGUCUCGGCGUGCCAUGCACCAAUUGUGUGGCCUUUUCCAUCGAAUGCAAGAUCCCGGCUCCCAAGAGGAAGAAGACUGCGGGGAAGAAGGAUACGGACAGCGAUCGAGCAGAAUCCAACGCCGACAAUGAUCAAUCCCCGGGAGUCAACAGUGAAGCCUUUCCCGGACGCAACGAGAUGCCCAUGAGUCGUGAUAUCCCUCCAGAGAAGAUUGGCCUCAACACUUCCGCCGGUAUGCCCAAGGCAGAAGGAUCGGAAGCCUACUACGCCAGCCAUCAAGCUAUGACGGGGGUCUACGUGCAGUACAUGAAGCCCAAGUUUGCCAGAGCGCCCAUCAAGGAAGCUGGACGGGUGGCAUAUCUUGGCGAAUCCUCAAACCUUUCCCUCCUCGUCCAGGAUCGACAUGGCGCGAAUGAUGUGGUCCACUAUCCUCUUCCAGACAAUGUUCGCGGAGCUCGAGCGCGCAUCAACGAGCUCGAUAACGUUGAGAUUGACAUUCUACAUCAACGAGGAGCUUUCCUCCUCCCUCCACGCCAGCUGUGCGAUGAGCUGGUCGAGGCUUUCUUUACCUGGAUUGCACCCGUGGUCCCUGUCAUCAACCGCAGCAAGUUUAUGCGGCGAUAUCGGGACUCGAAAAACCCGCCUUCCCUUCUCCUCCUUCAAGCAAUCUUGCUUGCGGGUUCACGUGUGUGCAAGAACCCUCAGCUAAUGGACGCAAACGGAUCAACAACACCAGCCGCAAUGACCUUUUACAAGCGUGCAAAGGCGCUUUAUGACGCAAACUACGAAGACGACAGAGUAACGAUUGUGCAAGCGCUCAUUUUGAUGGGAUGGUAUUGGGAAGGUCCAGAGGACGUCACGAAGAACGUAUUUUACUGGAGCCGAGUAGCGGUGAUUGUUGCUCAAGGCUCCGGUAUGCAUAGGAGCGUCGAAGGCUCACAACUCACAAAGGCGGACAAACGACUGUGGAAGAGAAUUUGGUGGACAUUGUUCACACGAGAUCGCUCUGUUGCAGUCGCACUUGGCCGUCCAGUUUCCAUCAACAUCGACGACUCUGACGUGGAGAUGUGCACCGAAGACGACUUCAUCGACGACGAGCCUGAUCGACCCGCAGAGUUUCCUCCGGACCCCGUCCACGUACAAUUCUUCCUCAAUUACGUCAAACUGACAGAGAUCAUGGGUCUCGUUCUCUCCCAACAGUACUCGGUAGCAUCCAAAGGACGACAGCACAAUGCGCUUGACCUAACACACAGCGACAUGGCACUUGCGGAUUGGCUUUCGCACUGCCCAGCAGAGGUUCGAUGGGAUCCACAAAGGCACCAUUUCUGGUCCGCACUACUUCACGCAAACUACUAUACCACCCUGUGCCUCCUCCACAGAGCACACAUGCCACCAGCAGGCGCAGGCGACGCCAAGCCGAUGAAUGGCUAUCCCGAAGAAACGGCCUAUCCAUCUCGCGGGAUUGCAUAUCAAGCCGCCGCCAUGAUCACGUCCAUCAUUGAAGCGUUGCARACACACGACCAACUACGUUGCACUCCUGCAUUCAUUGUCUACAGUCUCUUCUCCGCAUUGAUCAUGCACGUCUAUCAGAUGCGCUCGACCAAUCAGUCCAUCGUCACCGCUACACAAAGUCGGCUGUCCACUUGUAUGACGGCGCUCAAGGAUGUCUCCAAGGUUUGGUUGGUCGCGAAGAUGGUGCACACCCUGUUUGAAUCCAUUCUUGGAAACAAGGCUCUGGAGGAACGGCUACAGAAAGCAGCAGGACGUAAGCACAACAAGCACAAGCCGAAUGGCAGUAAGAAACACAGUGUCGAUACGCCACCAGUUGAUCCAGCAGACCACAAGCGGAAGUUUGAUGACAUGGAACUGGGAUACUCGAAUGGACCGCCUGCUCCGCAAAUGUCGUACGAGCGAUCGCGACCUCAAUCACCAGCUUUGUCACCCCAACAGAACCUUCCAUCGGGCAGUCAACCACCCGAGAUGCCAGGAAUACCAAACAUGACGGCCAGCAGUCCAGUUAUACGACACGGAAAUGACGCAUUCAUGGGGCGUUCAAGACCGCACACCCGACCGACAUCACCCUUCAACAACUUUUCAUAUCCCGGUACACCUCCCGACUUUUUCCUUCACACCAGAGGAUCGCCCAAGAUUGCCGAAGAUGUAUGGCAGAACUACCAACCCGAUCAACUCUUCCCGCCGGAGUCAAAUCAGCUCUUCAACGCGUUCUCCGCCAGUUCCCCCCAACAGAUGAACGUCGACCCUUCACUACGCACGCAAUUCUCACCAUCACAGGCGGCCAAUCUGCAAAGCCCACAAGGCAUGCAACCCAUGUCUGCUGACGGACAGAAUUUGACUCCACAGAUGGGGUACAAUCACGAUCCCGCGGCAUGGGCGCAUUUACACACGCAAAAUCAACACCGGCCUGAUGACCAAUGGAGUAAUUCCAGCAGUACGGGCGGACCGAUUGUGCCCACGACGCUGAAUGUGGGAGAUUGGUUCGAGUUCUUUGGGAUUCAGAAUGCGAGUGAGAUCAAUGGGUUGAAUGGGUUGAACGGGAUGAAUGGCGCCGCUGGUCCUGGUCCGCCUCCUCCCCCGCAGCAGCAAGGGAACUUUGGGUGA